CGCUGCUAUCAAUAUCUCUCUCUCUCUCCUCUCCAUUUAGUUUGACUUUGACCACCAGUUUACAGUUACUCUUCUCUUAUUACAGUUACACCCUCAUUUCGAAAAGAGCAUCCAAAAAAGAAAAUCCCUCCUUUUAUAUGCAGCCAUGAAAGCUCAGUUAGCCCAAAGCUGAGUGAUCAACCUCUCUCUCUCUCUAGGACUUCAUUUUCGCAUUUGAAAAAUGGCGGAAACAGCAGCUGAAUCUAAAGCAAGUGGGAAUGAAGAGAAGAAGAAAGAGCAAAGCCUGCCAUUCUAUCAGCUAUUUUCAUUUGCGGAUAGAUAUGAUUACUUGCUGAUGAUUUCCGGCAGCCUCGGUGCUGUCAUACAUGGCUCCUCAAUGCCUGUCUUCUUUCUGCUUUUUGGGGAAAUGGUUAAUGGUUUCGGUAAAAACCAAUCGGAUUUGCACAAAAUGACACAUGAAGUUGGAAAGUAUGCUUUGUAUUUUGUGUUUCUUGGCUUAGUGGUGUGCUGCUCUUCCUACGCAGAGAUUGCAUGCUGGAUGUACACGGGAGAGAGGCAAGCUGGGAGGCUGAGAAGAAAAUAUUUGGAGGCAGUGUUGAAACAGGACGUGGGAUUUUUUGAUACUGAUGCAAGAACUGGUGAUAUUGUUUUUAGUGUUUCUACUGACACUCUUCUUGUACAAGAUGCAAUCAGCGAGAAGGUUGGAAACUUUAUACAUUACCUAUCGACGUUUUUGGCGGGGUUGGUGGUUGGCUUUGUGUCAGCAUGGAGGCUUGCCCUGCUGAGUGUGGCUGUGAUUCCCGGCAUUGCAUUUGCUGGAGGUCUCUAUGCCUACACCCUUACUGGACUCACCUCCAAGACUCGCCAAUCCUACGCCAGCGCUGGUGUCGUUGCUGAGCAGUCGAUUGCACAAGUUAGGACGGUUUACUCGUAUGUUGGGGAGACGAAAGCUCUGAAUGCAUAUUCAGAUUUGAUACAGAACACUCUCAAGCUUGGAUACAAGGCUGGAACGGCUAAAGGGCUUGGACUAGGAUGUACCUAUGGCAUAGCCUGCAUGUCGUGGGCACUCGUGUUCUGGUAUGCCGGUGUCUUCAUUAGAAACGGACAGACUGAUGGUGGCAAGGCAUUCACUGCUAUCUUCUCUGCCAUUGUUGGUGGCAUGAGCCUUGGUCAGUCGUUUUCCAAUCUUGGGGCGUUCAGUAAAGGUAAGGCUGCCGGAUACAAGUUGAUGGAGAUAAUCAAGCAGAAGCCUAAGAUAGUCGAGGAUGCAUCAGGCGCUGAGUGCCUUACCGAUGUUGUGGGGAACAUUGAGUUUAGGAAUGUGAGUUUCAGCUAUCCAUCGCGGCCGGAUAUCCCAAUCUUUAGAGAUUUCUCCAUUUUCUUCCCUGCUGGGAAAACAGUUGCUGUCGUUGGUGGAAGUGGUUCGGGAAAGAGCACGAUUGUCUCCUUGAUUGAAAGGUUCUACGACCCCAAUCGUGGGGAAGUUUUGUUGGAUGGUGUGAACAUAAAGAUGUUGCGGCUCAAAUGGUUGCGGUCUCAAAUUGGUUUGGUGAACCAAGAGCCUGCACUCUUUGCCACGACAAUACUCGACAACAUUCUCUAUGGAAAGCCCGAUGCAACAAUGGCACAAGUCGAGGCUGCUGCUUCCGCUGCUAACGCUCAUAGCUUCAUCGCCUUGCUUCCUAACGCUUACAACACGCAGGUAGGAGAGCGUGGUGUUCAGCUCUCAGGGGGCCAAAAGCAGAGGAUUGCAAUCGCCAGAGCUAUGCUAAAGGAUCCGAAGAUACUACUCCUCGACGAAGCAACCAGCGCGCUUGAUGCUGGCUCAGAGAGCAUCGUCCAGGAGGCUCUCGAGCGGCUUAUGGUGGGCAGAACUAGUUUAGUUGUAGCUCAUCGCCUCUCCACAGUAAGAAACGUAGACUCCAUCGCAGUUCUACAGCAAGGGCAAGUCAUCGAAACUGGGACACACGAAGACCUAAUUGCCAAGGCAGGUGGGGCUUAUGCCUCUCUUAUUAGGUUCCAAGAAAUGGCGGGAAACAGUGCUUCAACACGCCGUACACGGUCCUCACGCCUUAGCCACUCGUUGUCGACUAAAUCCCUCAGCCUCCGGUCAGGCAGUCUGAGGAAUCUGAGCUAUUCUUACAGCACGGGUGUGGAUGGCCGGAUAGAGAUGGUCUCGAAUGCAGAGACUGAUAGGAGAAAUGGAGCUCCGGACCGAUAUUUUUGGCGACUUCUCAAAAUUAAUGCCCCCGAGUGGCCUUACUCUAUACUGGGAGCUGUAGGGUCCGUUCUUUCUGGUUUCAUUGGCCCAACUUUUGCCUUGGUGAUGAGUAAUAUGAUUGAGGUGUUCUACUAUACGGAUUCGGACGCCAUGGAGAGGAAAACGAAGGAAUACGUGUUCAUUUAUAUCGGAGCUGGUGUUUAUGCUGUUGUUGCAUACUUGAUUCAGCACUACUUUUUCAGUAUCAUGGGAGAAAACCUUACUACAAGAGUGAGGAGGAUGAUGCUUGCAGCAAUACUGAGGAAUGAAGUGGGAUGGUUCGACGAGCAGGAGAACAACUCGAGCCUCCUUGCAGCGCGGCUGGGAAGCGAUGCUGGUGAUGUGAAAUCUGCGAUUGCGGAGAGAAUAUCCGUUGUGUUGCAGAAUAUGACAUCUCUUCUCGCUUCUUUCAUAGUUGCCUUCAUAGUUGAAUGGAGGGUUUCAUUGCUCAUAUUAGCUACCUUCCCUCUACUUGUCUUAGCCAACUUUGCUCAGCAACUGGCGCUGAAAGGGUUCUCAGGAGACGCGGCGAAGGCGCAUGCGAAGACAAGCAUGAUCGCAGGGGAAGGAGUGAGCAACAUAAGAACAGUGGCAGCCUUCAAUGCCCAAGAAAAGAUCCUCUCUAUGUACACGCACGAGCUCCGAAUUCCACAGCGUCGCAGUCUGCGUCGCAGCCAGUGCUCGGGUCUGCUAUUCGGCCUCUCCCAGCUCGCCCUCUACGCCUCCGAAGCUCUCAUCCUCUGGUACGGCGCCCACCUCGUGAGCACGGGUCUCUCCACCUUCUCAAAGGUCUUGAAGGUCUUUGUGGUCUUGGUCGUCACAGCCAAUUCCGUGGCUGAAACCAUCAGCCUCGCUCCCGAGAUCAUGCGCGGUGGAGAAUCCGUCGCCUUCAUAUUUUCCAUCCUCGACCGCCCCACAAGGAUCGACCCGGAUGACCCUGACGCUGAGCUGGUCGACUCCAUUCGGGGCGAUGUCGAGCUCCGCCACGUAGAUUUCGCGUAUCCAUCGCGGCCGGAGGUGGCUAUCUUCAAGGACUUCAGCCUCAGGAUCAAAGCAGGCCAGAGCCAAGCUCUAGUCGGAGCAAGUGGUUCGGGAAAAAGCACUGUCAUCGCGUUGGUGGAGCGAUUCUACGACCCCUCAGCUGGGAAAGUAAUGAUCGACGGCAAAGAUAUAAGAAGUUUGAAUCUGAGAUCCCUCCGGCGCAGAAUCGGGCUGGUGCAGCAGGAGCCGGUGCUGUUCGCGGCCAGCAUAUUCAACAACAUUGCGUACGGGAUGGAAGGGGCGACGGAGGCGGAGGUGGUGGAAGCAGCGCGGGCAGCGAACGUGCACGCGUUCGUGAGCGGGCUGCCUGACGGGUACAGGACUUCCGUGGGGGAGAAAGGCGUCCAGCUUUCGGGCGGGCAGAAGCAGCGGAUUGCGAUAGCGCGUGCGGUUAUUAAGAAUCCGUCGAUACUUUUGCUGGACGAGGCAACGAGCGCCCUGGACGCGGAGUCCGAGUGCGUGCUGCAGGAGGCGCUGGAGAGGCUCAUGAGAGGGCGGACGACCGUGGUCGUGGCCCAUAGGCUUUCAACGAUACGCGGCGUCGACAACAUUGCAGUGGUUCAAGAUGGACGCGUUGUGGAACAGGGCAGCCACAGACAACUCGUCGGUCGCCAAGAUGGGGGCUAUUCCAGGCUCUUGCAAUUGCAACACCAUCGGAUUUGAAAACAAAAUCAUGCAUGCCAUUAUUAUCUUUCCUUGGUUUGAUUUGUAUCAUUGACAGUAUUUUUAUAAACUAUAUAUACGAUGGGGAUGUGUAAUGUGGGUGAA